CGACCAGUGCUGAUUAACGAGCCGCAGUCAGGCAGCAAGUGGCAUGGCAACAACAGCAACAGUACCAGCGCUGUCCAACACCGCACGAUUUCUUCCCGAGAAAAUGGAAAUGGAAACGGUGUGCUGAUUGUGAUUAACUCCCUUUUUGUCGUCCAAAAGUGCCGUACGAAAAUGUUUUAAGCCGCCAACCAUUCCGAGACAUAAUCGUUAAUGUGUUAAGCCAAUAACUGAAUACGAAUAGAGCGCAAAAAGCACUAAAAUUAAUCAAAAAUCCCGAACCUCAAGCCAACCAUUUUUUUAACCAGUGUGUCGUAGUGUCCACCGUACUGUGGUGUUAGUGCGUGUGUGCUGUGUGUAUGUUCGCAUGUAUGGUUGUAUUUGUGUGUGUGUGUGCGAAAUCGAGAAUAGAAAGAUGUGCGAGCUAUAGGCUAUAAGCUGUAGCUAUAGCUAUUAACACACGCGAAUAAAUCGAGCGAGUAGCCCCUAGGAUCGAAACCGAGAGUUAUCAUUGAGCAUCCUCAUCCCAAGCGCCAGGAACUCCUACCGUCAAUCCGUUAAAACCAAGUAACAAAACCAACAAAAUGCAACCCUCACCGCUUCACUAUUCAACGAUGCGACCGCAGGCGCCCGGAUCGCUGGUCGAUCCCAACGAGGAGGAGCUACUCCAGGCACCCUGGUACUGGGGCAGCAUCUCCCGGGAGAUGGCCAAGGGCAUACUGCACGGCAAGCCCGAUGGUAGUUUCUUGGUGAGAGACGCCCUCUCCAAGAAGGGAGAGUACACCCUCACCCUGAUGAAGGACGGCAGCGAGAAGCUGAUCAAGAUCAGUCACAUGGAGCGCAAGUACGGAUUCAUAGACACCAUGCUGUUCAACUCGGUGGUGAAGAUGAUCAACUACUACAAGGAGAACUCGCUGAGCAUGUACAACAAGGCGCUUGACAUAACGCUGAGCAAUCCGAUAGUGCGCACCUGCGAGUACGACGACUCCCAGCCACAUGGUGAUCUCGGCCUGCUCAGUAAUGAGUUCAUCCGGGUGUCGCACAUGCUCCAGACACUGGAACAAACGCUCGAACAGAAGCGCAACUCCUUCAAUGCGAUUCGGGAGGAGCUGCAGGAGAAGAAGAUGCACCAGACGGUCUUCAUCAACGCGGAGAAGAUGAUUCGCAACCAGAUCAAGUUGAACGAAUCCUUCAUGAAGACUCCAACCGACUCCAAGGCGGUGGAGGCCGGCAGUGAUGUGGGAGUGGGAGUUCAGGCCCGGUCCAGUCUCCUGGAGAAUCAACAGCGCCUGCUCCAGAUCCUGGAAAUCAUCGAAAACAAGCUGCAGGCCUUGAACAUCUAUAUGGAGGGCAAGAAGAAGGACGAACUGUUGCUGGAGCGGCAGAUAAACGCCACCAAGCCAGAGCUCCAGGCCCUGCAGUUCCGCAAGGACAAAUUCAUAGAACGUCUGAAGAAUCACAAUCUGAAGGAUGACGACCUGAAGACGAUCCUGGAGAUGGGCUUCGUCAAGUGGCUGCGACACCAUGAAACGGCCUCCAAUCAGCCGCACAGCAACGAGGCCUUGUGGCUACUGAAGGAUGCCAAGCGGCGGGAUGCCGAGGAGAUGCUGAAGGAUGCUCCGCCCGGCACUUUCCUCAUCCGGGUAAGGGAUGCCGGCAACUAUGCCCUGUCCAUUGCCUGUACGACGAAGGAGAUCCACACGGUGCAGCAUUGCAUCAUUUAUGAAACAGCCACGGGCUAUGGAUUCGCCGCUCCCUACAACAUCUAUCCGACGCUGAAGAAACUGGUGGAGCACUAUGCCAACAACUCGCUGGAGGAGCACAACGACACCCUGACCACAACACUACGCUGGCCGGUGAUCUACUGGAAGCAGAACUCCCAAAACAUCCUGGCCCAGCUGCAGGAGGAGGUGGAACUGGAACGGGAGCAGGCCGCCAAUCUAAUGCCGCCGCACUCCCUUAUAGGGAUCAGUGCUCCCAUACCGACUAGCCGGUCCAGGACGACGAGUCAUGAUCAGGUGGAUGGUAUGGCGGGUAGCCAGGAAACUGAAACGCCGCCGGCCUCCAUCUCGCCCUCGAACUUUAGUACUUCGCAGUAGGAUGCCCCUAAUCUCCCUCCUAAAGCCCUCCACCUCAGGCUAGCUAUCUUAUCUCUCUCUCUAACUCUUGCUCCUCCCCCCCCAACUCUCUAUAUAUAUAUAUCUCUAGAUAUCUGGAAAAAAGCGAAUGCGGUCCAAAGGUAGUUCAUCAUUCUUGAGAGCCAAGCCUCGAAAAUCUAAUUUUUUUUCAAUAUUUUCUUUUUUUUACAAAAUAUCGUUUUUUGUAUUUUGAAACAAUUUCUGAAGAAAAAAGAAGAGCCUCUGCCCUUGCAGUUUCUAUUAUUUAGACCGCAGUCGCGUUUGUGGAUCAUUAUUAUAUACACACACACAUGGGUGUGUGUGUUGUGUAUUGAAACAUUUUUUGUGUGUGAUGGAAGGCGCUGGGGCAGUUGAACUGUCAUUGUAACAGCGCUUUCCCCUCAAGAAUCAGAAGGCUUCCGGUAAGCGGAAACGGAAAUCGUAAAUCGGAAAUCGUAAAUCGAAAAUCGAAGAAAAAUCGGAAAAAAGAAAAAAUGAAACAUAACAAGUAACAUUUUUUUGUCGGUGAUCAUAAUAAUGUUGAUGAUAAUGGCUUGCUAGAAGCUUACCUUUUCGAUGAAACGAAAAUUGUUUUCUAAUUGAGAAAGAAAUCUUAUUAAUAUUACGAUUAAUUUUUUAUAUAUUCAUACACAUACACAUACACGUAUAUGUAUAUACAUAUAUCUGUAUAUAAUAUACUUUGUAAUAAUGCAUUUCGCGUGAUAAUUGAUAAGUCAAGCUAUCUGUUGUUGUACCAACUCCAAGUCCUGCCCCUCUCCUGACCAUCCUACCCCCACUUUCCACCUCCCACCCACAUCCCUUGCAAUUAUUGUUAUCACGCUGCGCGUUGUCAGAAAAGGGGAAGGGAGGGGGUGUGGCAGGCUAGGUGGGGGCGGGGAAAGAAACAAAGGAUCAGGGGUGCCCUGGAGAUCGUGAAGAAAUUUUCUGCAUUUCUUCAACACAAUUUUGUCGUGUUCAUGUAAAUAUUCUAAAAAAAAAAAAAGAAAAAAAAAAUAAUAAUCGAAACAAAGGAGCAACCGCAACAUUGCGAUACGUUUUUGCGAAAUCAGGUUAAGGUUUUGAUAACCGCACCCGCACCACCACCACCCCCCUUCCAUCUUAGGCCCCCACCACCCCUUGCUCUAAUAUUUGUUGUUAUAUUAUGAUUGAUUUAAUGUAGUUCUAAGCGAAAAAAAUACGUACAUUUACUCGAUGUGAUCAGUUGAUUGUUGCUAAAAUAGUAAUUUUCAUUAAAUAUUUUGUCAAUGUUUUUUUUUUUUUUUUUUUUUUUUUGUU